AUGAGAUCGGUGCUCGGUCUCUCCCAUUGGUGUUCCUUGCUGCUUCUCCUCUCGCUGGUGACGGCUUCGCGGGGGCUCGAGGUCGGCGACCUCUUCAGCCAUGGGAAACCACCGGCGGGGAAGCAGGACUGCAGCCGGACAUGCGAGUCCAAGUUUUGCACGGUCCCGCCUGUGCUGAGGUACGGGAAAUACUGCGGAAUCCUCUACAGCGGCUGCCCCGGCGAGAAGCCCUGCGACGCCCUGGACGCCUGCUGCAUGGUCCACGACCACUGCGUCGCCGCCAACAACAGUACGAUAUCUUCUCCCAGCUCCACACAUUCUUCUUCUAUCUAUCUAUCUGAACCGAAAAGAUCGGGCAGGAGGAAAACACGUACAGUUUCCCUUUUGUUUGCUUCGUUUGACAUCUCCACCAAAAGGCCCCACAGACACAGAGCUCUCGGCCUCAUGCCAGUUGUUUACGAGAUGACACGCCACCUAUAG